AUGUUGAUGUUCCCUGGGAAGGGGGGGAACAUCAACAUCUGCCUGAUGGGAGACCCCGGCGUGGCCAAAUCCCAACUGCUCUGCUACAUCGACCGCCUGGCGCCCAGGAGCCAGUACACGACGGGCCGUGGCUCGUCGGGGGUGGGUCUGACGGCGGCGGUGCUGCGGGACCCCCGCAGCGGGGAGCUGGUUCUGGAGGGGGGGGCCCUGGUCCUGGCCGACCGCGGCGUCUGCUGCAUCGACGAGUUCGACAAGAUGCUCGAGGGCGACCGCGUGGCCGUGCACGAGGCCCUGGAGCAGCAGAGCGUGGCCGUGGCCAAGGCGGGCGUGCUGGCCACCCUCAACGCCCGCUGCGCCGUCCUGGCCGCCGCCAACCCCGCCCUGGGCAGGUACGACCCCGCCAGGAGCCUGGAGCACAACCUGCAGCUGCCCGCCGCCCUCCUGAGCCGCUUCGACCUGCUCUGGCUGCUCCAGGACCGGCCCCACAGGGACAGGGACCUCAGGACCGGCCCCACAGGGACAGGGACCUCAGGCCAGUACACGACGGGCCGUGGCUCGUCGGGGGUGGGUCUGACGGCGGCGGUGCUGCGGGACCCCCGGAGCGGGGAGCUGGUUCUGGAGGGGGGGGCCCUGGUCCUGGCCGACCGCGGCGUCUGCUGCAUCGACGAGUUCGACAAGAUACGUUACCUGGCCAUGUGCAAGCGCCGGGAGCCGCGAGUGCCCGAGGCCUUGGGCGACUUCAUCACGGCCGCCUACGUGGAGAUGAGGAGGGAGGCCUGGAGCAGCAGGGACGGCCUCUACACCUCUGCCAGGACCCUGCUGGCCAUCCUGCGCCUGGCCACCGCCCUGGGUUCAUUGGCAGGACAGGGAUUUGGGGUUUACACCUCUGCCAGGACCCUGCUGGCCAUCCUGCGCCUGGCCACCGCCCUGGUGAGUGCCCCAGUACGCACCAGUAUGGACCAGUAUGGACCAGUGACCCCCCAGUGUCACCCAGUGACUCCCCAGUGCCCUGGUCCCAGGGUUACCUGCUGGGAUUUGGGGGUUUACACCCCUGCCAGGACCCUGCUGGCCAUCCUGCGCCUGGCCACCGCCCUGGGUUACCUGGUGGCAUGGGAGGGGGUUUACACCCCUGCCAGGACCCUGCUGGCCAUCCAGGGCCUGGCCACCGCCCUGGUCCUGGUCCCUCCCCAGGGUUCAUUGGCAGGACAGGGAUUAGGGGUUUACACCCCUGCCAGGACCCUGCUGGCCAUCCUGCGCCUGGCCACCACCCUG